GCGCCCAACACGUGACGCGUUGUUGAAGUCGCUCGUCGAGGGUGGAGGUAAUGUUAAUAAACACCCGAAGGACAUAAAAUACAGUCUGGAUAUCAACACUAAGGUCCAGCUAACGUUGGGAGUCUAGUUUUCAUUUCAAUGGCGUUAAACAAUUCUAUCUCACAAUGAGUCUUGAGGAAAGUGCGCCAUUCCAAACCGGAUUGAAUGGCAACCAGAUCAAAAACCUCUCCAUAGUGUAUGUAUCGUCUCUUUCAUUAAGUUUGCUUGGCAGCUUUUCCGUUGUGGUGGUGUCCAUCAGCAAACGCAGGCAUCUAAAUGAACAGGCCUGGCCGCUGCUCCAGCUCGCUCUGGCUGACUUCCUGGCGUCGGCCGUGUUGCUGGGCACCAAUGCCAUCAACUUUGUCCCGUACAGCCGCUUCACGCAGAGGAUCAGCUUCUGCCAACGAGGGCUUCCUCUGGCGGUGGCCUUUUAUGGCAUCUCUUUCCUGCUGGUCAUGGUUUACGCCUGCCGAUCAAAGCGGGCCAUCCAAGGGUGGAGGGAAAGGACAGAAGGUGGCAGAGACGGGCAGUCAGAGGGCAGAAGGAGCCAGACGCUAUGUGUGGUGUAUGCAGUCGUGUGGUCUGCUCCUAUCGCCGUUUACAUCCUGUAUGUGUUGACUGAAGGCUUGAUGGAGGCCAGGUUACUGACACAUUCAGAUGACACUACAACUCAUCUAGCCAUGAGCAACGACUCUGUAGUGUUCUGCACAAGCUGCAUUCUGCUCCUGCAUAUCAGGAAUGACUCCUGUCCACAUGUGGACAAGGGGCAUGAUCUCUUUGUGAAGUCCUUUUUCUUCGUGAGCGGGUUGUCAGUGCUGAUUUGCUGCACUGUGAUGUACUGUAAGGUAGGCAGCUGGUAUAGGGGGUACAAGGAGCGAGGCAUGUUCCUGGUGGAAGGAGAUGGGUUUGCCCGGAGGAACCUCAAAGGGCUGUACUCCACAGCCCGCAACAUGGUCCUGGUCAUCUUCUUCUGCUGGGCACCAGCUUUUGUUCUUGUGAGCCUGUCAUUCAUAGACAAAAUCCCAGAGGAAAAUCUUUAUCCUCUAUACAUCAUACAAGCUCUGACGCUAUCCCUGCAAGGACUGCUGGACAGCAUGGUCUACGGCUGGCUUCGGCGAAACUUCCGGGAGGCUGCCCUGGGGGAACGGAUGCCUCUCCUGGCCUCCCCCUCCAAGGCGUUCUACGACGAGUCUCUGACCACACGCUGAACGCUAGGAGCUGUUCCCAAACCUGCACGGGACGCAAGAACUGACCCCUCACAACGUGCUCCGGCACCGUUCCACUGGGCAUUCUGGGUAAUUAUCCAGGUGUCAUAUUUGGACUGAAUCUUUGAUAGUGUAUUUCAUUAUUUAUUUUGUUACUGAUUUCCGAAGGUGUAUUUCAGAAUUUUCACAUUUGUGGGGCGACAUUUGACCAUUAUUCUCAAGGCUACACAAAACCCUUGCCCAUCCAGCAUGAGGUUCAUGUAUAAUGGUGCAAUAGUAAAAUACUGGUGCAUGGCUAUGCUAACUUCACUUAAGGGAAAUUAGUUAAAUAUAUUAGCUAAGAGAAUCAUCAUUGACUCCAAGUUAAUUUUUAAGUGAUAUAAAGCUAGCUACCUUACUUGUGUUUGUACCCCUUGUUCUUAUACCCUUUCUUUGUAAUUCCCAAAUGUACUAAACAUACUGUGUCAUGAGUCUCUGUUUAUGAAGGAAUAUGCGGUAAUCACAAAGAUUUUACUAAGAAUGUGAAGAUCUAUGGUUAUUUAUAAACU